GAUGGAAGAAAGAGAUAGUUUACUCCGCAACGACAUGAAAUAAACAUCGGUUUUAGGUUGACGCUGAUUUCCAUACAUUAUUAUUUUGCGGAUUAUAAAAAUUUAAUAAAGUUUUUAAUAAAAUAUUAUAAACUGUAAAAUGUAAUAAUUCUCGCAUUUUUCAUUGCAUUGUGUAAUUAUUGACGCGAAAACCACAGUGCAUUUAUUACGUCUGUAGAAGAAAAAGGCAUACAAGAAAAAAAGUAAAAUAAAAAAAAUUAUUUGUGCUAUUUAAAAUUAAAAAAAAACAUUCAAAAUUGAUCUCAGAAUCUGGAAAAGUGCAAAAAUUAUGAACAAAGAAGUGUACUAUGAUGGGUGGUUAAUCAAAUCGCCACCUACAAAAAGAAUUUGGCGUGCGCGUUGGCGACGUCGUUGGUUUACACUUAAGCAGGGUGAGAUACCUGAGCAGUUCUGCCUUGAAUACUAUACCGACCGCAAUUGUCGCAAAUUGAAAGGCGUAAUCGAUUUGGAUCAAUGCGAACAGGUCGAUUGUGGUCUGCGAUUAGAGAAUCGUAAGCAGAAGUUUCAAUACAUGUUCGAUAUCAAAACACCAAAACGUACAUAUUACUUAGCAGCAGACACGGAAGAGGACAUGCGCGAUUGGGUGAAUUGUAUCUGUCAAGUAUGUCACUUACAUGAUACCAAGCAGUCUACUGAGCUGCAGGAUGAGCAAAAGCGAGCCUUUAGCUCUACUGCUUUGACAAAUUCUACAGACAAUACUACUACAACAUCACUUAAUUCGUCUACUGGUAUAGUAGUUACAGGUGGAGGAACUUUGGACAAUUCACGACAACUGAUUAACAAUAUUUUGCGUCGCCCUAAUACAGAUGUUGUAUUAUCCGGUGUGGUGGAUCAACAGCCACGCACAGUUACUGCAUCAACAAUUUUAACAGAGACUUUCCACAAUAAUUCAGAAUCUGCUUAUGUAAAUACGGAGUAUACAAACAGGGAGACGUUAAUUUGUGAAAUGAGUUUCGACAAAAAGGAAUUAUCCGCAGCUAUUGCAGCAACUCCGCAGACUGAUGCAAAUACACCAAAACCUUCAAGUUCUCCUGCAGCUGGAGUAGUUUAUUUAAAUAGUCCUGUGCUACAGGCAUUAGUAGAGCAAGAAUCGGCACGUUUAGUUAUUAAUACAAACGGUGUUGUCCGCAAAAUACCAGAAAAUUUAGUGCUAAAUAACAUUCCAUUACCAGAAAGUCAACAAAAUAGCGUGCAACCAUCACCUGCACUUAGUACAGCAUCUGGUCCGUAUAUACCAAUAAGUGAAUGCUUCUCGGGAAGUCCUAAAUUUUUGGUUGAUAGUAAUAAUCCUUCGACACCAUUAAAUAACUUGGAUCCCAAAUUUUAUGACACACCACGUAGUCAUAACAACAUCGGAUUAAAUCUUACUAAUGAUCAGUCCUACUCACCGAAGAUAACUAAUUGUAGUUUGCAACAAAUGAGUUUAGCUAAAAAUCGAAGUCAUCGCUCAGACUCUGAUUCCGAAAGCGUUUUCACCGAUGACGAUGAAUGGACUCAUCCAUUACCAUUAAGAGAAAACCUUGAUCGGAGUACCCGACCUUCAGAUAGUUCUAUAGAGAAUGAGUCGUUUGUAUUAACUUAUUCCCAACGUUUUUCGAAAGUUUCAGAUGAAGGUGGUAAAGAGCAAUUGAGUAGUCCGACAUCCACACAUACACUUGACAAAUUAGCAAAAGUGCUAAAAAAUAAAAACAAUUUAAUAUUAGAUAUUAAAGAAACAGAAAAAGUACCACGAGAUAUUCCACAACUCUCAGACACCGAAAAUACUUCACCAGCUAUUGGGCCACGUGAUGCUACAUCUGUAGUUGAAGAGAGUUAUGAUAUACCACGUUCGCAUAAUCUGCCAUAUCAUAAUAUGGCACAAUUUUUUGAAAAAAUGACUAGCCCUGAGGCGAAUCCCAUAGCUGCGUCUACGCCUAAUCUAAUGGCUUGUUUGGAAUCUGGCUUAAACACGCCGGCAUCUGUAAGGACUUUACCACGACAUUAUUACACAAAUGCCGCUCCAGCUAAAGUUGAAGGGACAGUGUUUCGUUACGAUUUUAUUGAACAAUGUGAUUUACCACCGGUAAAUAGAAAACUAAAACCUAAGGUUAAUUCAGAAGACAAACCGCCGGAGGAAGUACCCGCAAAACCACCAACCAUAAUAUCUGUAUCUGCGGUGCCUGUUGCACAUUCACAACAAAAUUCACCCACAACAGUAGACAUAUUGUCAAACAAGUUAAAUACUGUAAAUGUACACUCGUGCAAUGCCAAUGAAAAUAGCCCACUCUAUCCACCUUCAGUGGAUCGUAAGUUAAAGCCGAAUGUUUUCAAGGCAAGCAACUCAGGUUCUAUGUUCACAUCAGCAAGACGUUCAACAGGUGUGCCGCUUUCAAUGGUGCUACCUAAUACUAAUGAAUCCUAUGUAAUGGAAACACGUACAUUACCGCGUCAGCCAAGAACAAAUUUUGCUGUUGGCACAACGCAAUCUGUUGCACAGAUGAGCAACAUUUCACCUGGAUGUGUAGUACAACAUCAAAGAACUGCUUCAGCCGCUGCCGCGAUGCAUGUAUUACCCGAAAUACAAACCCCACUACAAUUACCACCAAAAAACGAACACAAAUUGCAGUACUUUGAUUUAGACGUUGCUAAUCUUCCAGCGAUAAAUCGACAAAGCAUAAGUGUAGGAAAUUUAUAUGCGCAAGGUCCAAGUAAAUUGACUCUGCCAGCCGAUCCAUCAGCUCGUGUGCCUAUUAAAAGUAGCGUUGUCUACAAUUCCGUUGAUUUUAUUAAAACUGAAGCAUUUCAGCGAAUACGUGAAGAGCGUAAAAAGAAAAGCGAAGGUGUUAACAAUAACAAAUAAUAUUUUAGAUUUAACUGAUUUGUUGCUUUUAUGUAUUUAGAUUUUGCUAUUUUUACA